GAGAGAGAGAGAGUAUGUGUGAUGAUGAAGUAUGGCCUUAUGAGUGAAAUAAAUAAAUUUGAAUUAUUAAUUGUUUUUACUGGUUAAAAUCUAAAAAAAUAAUUUUUUAUUUAUGGUAUUGUGGAUAGUUUUGUGAUAAAUAAAUUACUAAUUUCUUGUAAAAAAUACAGACAUUCUUACAAUUUUAAGGAAUUCAUUUACAAGGAAAGAGUUCAAUUGUUUCGCUAUACAGUAAAUAUCCAGUGACUGAGUAGCUCUGUUUGUGUAGCCGUUAGAAGGAAGGAGGUCCCAUGCUCAAGUUCAAACCCAACCACUUCUACAGACGUUGUUUAUAUUCAUCUUCUUAUGCAACCAACUACCUUGAUUCUCACAUCAACUUGUUCCUCUCCAACCAAACAACAGAUCCCAAAUCUCUCCUCCAAUCCCACGCCUUCAUCAUCACAACUGGCCACACGAACAACCUCUUCAUAGCAUCAAAGCUCAUUUCUUUUUAUGCUUCCAUCAACAAACCCAACUCCUCCUCUCGAGUGUUUGAUUCGGUUUAUUUCAAAGACACCUUUCUUUGGAACUCCCUAAUCAAAGCCCACUUCUCUAAUGGCAAUUACUCACAAGCCCUUGAAUUUUAUCUCCGAAUGCGUUUAUCUCAUGUCCUACCGAACCAUUUCACUGUUCCGAUGGUUGUUGCCGCCUGUGCCGAGCUAUCUUCGAUGAACAAUGGCAUGAAAAUACAUGGGUUGGUUUCAAAAAUUGGACUUUUUGCCGGUAAUUCUGCAGUUGGGUCUUCGUUCGUUUACAUGUAUUCCAUGUUGAAUUGUAUGGAAGAUGCAGCUCUUGUGUUCGAUGAAAUUCCUAUAAGAGAUGUGGUUGCUUGGACUGCGCUUGUAAUUGGGUAUGUGCAGAAUGAUGAAAGUGAGAAGGGUUUGGAGUGUCUUUGUGAGAUGCACAAGAUUGGUGGGGAUGGGGAGAGACCGAAUUCUAGAACCUUGGAAGGUGGAUUUCAAGCUUGUGGGAAUUUGGGGGCUUUGUUAGAGGGUAGGUGCUUACAUGGAUUAGCAGUAAAAAAUGGAAUUGGGUGUACACAAGUUGUUCAAUCUUCUGUUUUGUGUAUGUAUACCAAGUGUGGAACCCCUGAGGAAGCUUAUCUUUCAUUUUGUGAAGUUGACAAUAAGGAUCUUAUAUCGUGGACAUCUAUUGUUGGUGUUUAUGCAAGAUUGGGGUGUAUUACCGAAUGCGUAUGUUUGUUUUGGCAAAUGCUAGCUGCUGGAAUAUAUCCAGAUGGGAUUGUUGUCAGUUGUCUGAUUUCUGGUUUUGGUAAGUCCAUGAGAGUAUCUGAAGGAAAGGCCUUUCAUGGGAUAAUCCUGAGGAGAAAUUAUAUACUUGAUCAUAUGGUUAAAAAUGCAUUGUUGUCAAUGUAUUGCGGGUUUGGACUUUUGGCUCUUGCAGAGAAGUUUUUUUACAGAGUACAUGACUGGGACAAAGAGAUUUGGAACAUAAUGGUUUAUGAGUAUGGUAAGGUAGGACUGGAAUCAAAGUGCAUAGAGCUGUUUAGGGAAAUACAACAUCUAGGCAUUGAAUUUGAUUCAAACAGUUUGUUAUCUGUGAUCUCUUCAUGUUCACGAUUGGGAGCAACCCAUUUAGGCCAGUCACUUCAUUGUUAUGUAAUUAAAAGCUCGAUGCAUGAGAACGUCUCCAUUGCCAAUUCACUAAUAUACAUGUAUGGUAAAAGUGGAAAUUCAGUCGUUGCAUGGAAGAUAUUUUCUAGGACACAGAAGGAUAUUGUCACGUGGAACACAUUGAUUUCAUCUUAUAAUCAUAGCGGUCAUUCUGCUGACGCUUUAGGACUCUUUGAUAAAAUGGUUUCAGAAGGCUUCAAACCUAAUGUAGCAACACUGGUUACUGUACUCUCUGCUUGUUCUCAUAUUGCAUCUCUAGAGAAAGGAGAACGGAUUCACAAUUACAUCAUGGAAGGAGGGUUUGAAUUUAAUAUAUCUCUUGCUACUGCAUUAGUUGAUAUGUACGCAAAAUGCGGGAAACUAAAGAAAUCAAGAGAAAUUUUUGAUGCAAUCAAAGAAAAAGAUGUUAUUUCUUGGAAUGUGAUGAUUUCAGGUUAUGGUACGCAUGGAGAUGCAGGAUCUGCACUAGAAGUCUUCCAGCAGAUGGAGCAGUCAAAUGCUAUUCCCAAUGAACUUACCUUUCUUGCUGUUCUCUCAGCUUGUACUCAUGCUGGGCUUGUUGAGGAAGGGAAGUGCCUGUUUGAUAGAAUAAGGGACUAUUCUCUGGCCCCCACAUUGAAGCACUAUGCUUGUAUGGUAGAUCUCCUUGGCAGGUCAGGCAAUCUGCACGAGGCUGAAGAUUUGGUUCUCUCAAUGCCCAUUGCUCCGGAUGGGGGUCUGUGGGGUGCUUUGUUAAGCGCUUGCAAAAUUCACGAUGAUACUGAGAUGGGUAUAAGGAUUGCAAAGCAUGCUAUUGAAGCUGACCCAGAAAAUGAUGGCUAUUAUGUAAUGAUUGCUGACCUGUAUACCUCUCUAGGGAGGUGGGAGGAGGCGGAAAAGGUGAGAAUGAUAAUGAAGAAAAUGGGAGUAAGGAAGAGAGCAGGCUGGAGUACAGUGUAGCUUACAAGGAAUGACCAUCUUUCUUGGUGGUUGGAGCAGGGCAGGGCCUGUAUCUCCCUCUACCUCUGUUGCUGAUAUCAGUGUGCAUAGCUCUGAUACCAGAAUUGAUAAUGCACCAGCGGGAAAGAGGGGAAAAACAGAGAAGGUGAAGAGAGGGUGAGAUAGUUACAGUGACAUACUAGUUAAAUGAGAGAGUUACCUGUAUCGCAUUUGUCUGAACUUGGUUGAUGAGCAUUUAGCUCCUUAGUUGCAUCUAUAACCAGGACUAAAGAGUGAUAUUCUCCCCUGCCAUCCUAAUGGCCUUCAGGAUUAUCAUUCUUCACAGGUGAUCAUCAAAAUUUAGGCAUGUACCUUUUGUCUGCAACCUGUUUUGUCCAUAAGGUCAGGAGUGUUUAACUUCCAAAUUGCAUCUGGAAAAACAAUAAGAUAAGAGGUCUAACAAAUGCAGGGGGAGAAAAAAGGGAAAAUAAUUCUGCUAGUUCCAUCCAUAUAGUCAUCAUGGAUGGUCUCAUGCUCUAUUUAGGAUCACAAAGGUCAUGAAGGCAAUUGUUAGCCACUCUUCUUCAAUUGUCCUGUUUCUAUUCAUGUACAUUGGCUUAUGAAGGAGAUUUGAAGGCUUGGAACAAAAACCUAGAAAAUGACUAGUGCAGUUUUUUCUUUCCAUGCCCAGUGGAACAGUUCCUUGUGAAGAAAUUAGAUCAGCCACACCUGGACACAUAGCUUCAUAUCAGGCUGCGUUUAUUCAAUGUGAGAACCACUGCCCUUACUUUUGAUGCCCUCAAGAUUUGAACCUUGUGUUCUAAACCAGUUGUAUCCGUUACGAAGCUCGAUAAGUUAAGCGUAAAUUUGUUCUAAAGUCAAGAGAAGAGUUGCAGAACUCUAUAAGAAACAUGAGAAGGAACUCAUAGAGGCAAACAAAAUUUUGUUAAAGAUUGAGGAUGAUCAGUUCUUAGACCUUAUGACUGUGAAAACUGAAGUUCAAUCUCCUUGUAAGGAGCCUUUCAGUAUUUAAAAAGUUGUACUUAAAUCUAAAGGUUCAAUAAAUGAAGUCAAGCAAAUUGCACAGCUUCGGAUCAUUAUAAAACCAAACCCAUGCAUUGGAGUUGGGCCUUUAUGUACUGCAAAGCAGAUAAGAACUGAAGAGAUAGAUCAUAUAGCUGAGAGAGGCGUUGCUGCUCAUUAUAGUGGGAAAGGUUUUGUUACUGGAUUGGUUGGACAUGCAAUGCCUAAGGGUAGAAGUUCAAGAGAGAAAAUAGUUUGUCUUCAUAAUGCAAAUAUUGCCCUCUGGGUAAUUUUACCUUUGUCCUUGCUAAAUUUUGGUAGUUUAACACUCUUCCUAGAAUGAAUUUGCUGAUAAACUCUUUCAAAUAACCCGACUUUUGGUAGAAGUCCUUUCUUCCCCCCAGAUUGGUUGGCUCAAUAAUAUGAGCUUAUUCAGUUCCUUCCUUUUUGCCUUUCUUUUGAGUUGAGAUAUUGGUUCCUCUUUUCCUUUUUGCUUUGAGAUAAUAACCGUUUUGCCUUUCUUCCUUUUUGCUUUGGAUUAUUAUUCGAACAUUUGAUUUUGUGAGUAAAUUGAUAUUUGUUUUGCAAAUAUUAAUAGUUGGUAUAAGGAUUUUGUAAA